GCCGCACUCGACGGCGCACGCACUAUCAUCCGUCCCGCUGAUGUCGCGUCGUUUUCUCGUUCCUCGCGUUUCGCACUUGACCACCGUCCGUUUGAGCCGUUGACGAUCCGCCUCGUUCCCGUCUCGAUUUUUCCUCGUUCCCGAUCCGACCGGUAUUUCGGCUAAUCGCACACAAACGUACACACACACGAUGCCUGUGCGCGAACGUUAAAUUACUAUUUUAUAGUUAUGAGAUAUGACACUUCCAGUUUCCAGCUAUGAAGAGCUAUUGGAAACAGUACGUAGUCUUAAUCAAGAAACUAGACAACUUCAAAGGCAAUUAGAUACACCAUUGUUAACUCCACAUUUAUCUUUUGUUGAUGAAAACAGUGGAAUGCCAUCAAGAAACGUAUCUUCAAAGAUGACUUUAUCUCUUGAAAAUAAAACUAGUAGUGAACAGGAUCAACGUAUAGAUAAAGAAAAAAGAUCAAUGGCUGAAGAUAAAGAAAAAGAUGAGGCUAAAAUUUCUCCUGAUGGUUGUUUACCUACUCCUCCUGGAAUUAUGGCUGAUAAAAAAUUUAACAUGUGGCAUAGUGUAGGACCCACAAACAUUUCUUCUAAUUCGUCCUUAUUACGAUCUCAAACAUCAUCAUUAGAAUGUGAAAAAGAAGGUCUAUCAAUGAGAUCUAAUAGCCAACAACAAUUGGGAGCCAAAGUAGAAAUUGUUUAUAAUCUUUUGUCAUUAUUGGAAAACAAUAAUUCAAUACAAUCUUCUUAUCAAUCUGUCUCAGUACUUUUGGCUAUGAGCAAAUCACCUGAUUGCUGUGCAGCAAUGCGACAAACAGGUUGUGUUCCAUUGCUUGUGCAAAUUGUUCAUGAUAUGAAUGCUGAUAUAGUGGUUCGACACAAUGCAAGUCAAGCAUUAAAAAAUAUUGUUACCUUUAAUCAAGAUGAAAAACAAGGUCGUAGAGAGUCCCGUGUUUACAAGUUAUUGGAAAGUAUGAGAGAAUACUGUGAUACUCCAGUUGUGGUUCUUAAGCAACUGGAUAUUAGCAAGCAUCCUAUCACUGCAAUUGCAGCAUUGAUGAAGUUGUCUUUUGAUAGCCAACACCGAUUUGCUAUGUGUGUAUUAGGUGCCAUUUAUACUGUUACUAGAUUAAUUCAAGUUGAUCACGAAGUUCAUGGUAGUGAGCCAGAUUUAGAACCUAAUUCAGAAUGUGUGACCUUAAGGCGAUAUGCUGGCAUGGCCCUAACCAAUUUAACGUUUGGCGAUGCUACUACUAAAACACUUUUAUGUUCUUUUAAACAGUUUCUUAAAGUAUUGAUUUUACAGUUACAAAUACAAUGUGAAGACCUUAGACAGGUUACUGCAAGUGUUUUACGUAAUUUAUCAUGGAGAGCUGAUCCACAAAGUAAAGAAAUAUUGCGUAAUGUUGGAGCAGUUAAGGCAUUAAUGGAAGCUUCAAUGAAAGCAAAUAAAGAAACCACAAUGAAGUCAUUCUUGUCUGCACUUUGGAAUUUUUCUGCUCAUUCUCCUGAAAACAAAGAAGAAAUAUGCAAAGUUGAAGGGGCCAUUGAAUUUUUGAUAAAAACAUUAAGUGGAAUAGGUUCUUUUAAAUCAGUUACAAUUAUAGAAAAUGCUGGUGGAAUAUUGAGAAAUAUUUCAUGUGUUAUAGCAUCCCAUGAAGAAUAUCGUGAUAUUUUAAGGCAUCACAAUGUACUUGAAAUGCUAAUGCAACAACUGCAGUCUCCAAGUUUAACAAUUGUAAGCAAUGCUUGUGGAACUAUUUGGAAUUUAUCUGCACGUAAUAUUUGUGAUCAAACAACAAUGAUUAAUUUGGGAAUCAUACCUAUGUUACGGUCGUUGAUACAUUCUAAGCAUAAGAUGAUUGCCACUGGUUCAUCAGCUGCUCUUAAUAAUCUUAUGAAUGCUAUGCCUGCAUAUAAUGCUAUUCAAGAUAUGAACAUAAAAAUGAAUACUUCAGUGGAGAGUACUUUGCAAAAUUCUAAUGAUACUCAUUUGAAAGACUGUGCUGAAGGUACAAAACCCAUAGCUAAUUGUGAUGAUUUGGAAGUUCCUUUAGAGCCAAAUGUAACAAAAAUCUCACAACUUUUGUGUAACAACAUUGAAAUUAGUAAAAACAAUCCAACUUCUAUAGUUAGAAAUGAAGAAUCUUCUACUUCAAAGCAUAAUGAAGAAUUUGUUCAUCACACUGAUCAAAAUGUUAGCUUCGAUGAGAAAGAAAAAAAGUCAUCCAUUGGGUAUGCUGAAACUUCUUUAGAUGAAGCAACUAACUAUAGUUUGUUAUGUGAAGAUGAUGAUAAUGGUGAAAAAGCGUUAACAGGAGAUACCACACAGACUUAUUGUACAGAAGGUACUCCUUACAAUUUUUCUAAUGCAGCUUCAUAUACUGAUUUAAGAAAAUGUGGCAUAGAAGAUAAGAACCGUAAUGAAUCUGAUGGAGCAGAAACUUCUGAACAAUGUACUAAUAUACAUAAUCCUGGAAGUGAUACACCUAAUGGUGCUCAGUCCAAGGAUGAACAAAAAGAUGGUAAAAUGGUAACAUUUGAGACACCAAUGAUGUUUUCAAGAAGUAGUUCUAUUGCUUCUCUUGGAAGUUGUGAGCCACAAGAGGGUUAUAUUGGUAGUUCAGCAGUUAGUGAAUGCAGCCGUGUCACCAGUGGUUUAGUAACACCUAGUGAAAUUCCUGAUUCACCAACUCCAACUGUUCCACCUAGUCCUCCAUGUUUUAAAAGUAAUAGUAUUUUUGAUGAUAGUUUAACAAUUUUUAAAGAAGAAAAAAUGCCUGGAAAAAGUUCAGAAUGUACAAGCUUAAGUAGCUUAACCAUUGAUGAUGAUUUACGUGAAAUGAAAUCACAAUAUAUUCAAGGACAAAAUGAAUUACCGUCAUUAAACAAAGAAAAUAAUGUUAUGAAUGUUAUGAAUAAUAAAUCAUUAAGAUCUCCAUCUUCAGAUAAGACCUCUAAAUCUUUUCAGUUAAACCAAGUCGGUUUCCUUGAAUCACCCUCUUCUGCAUUUCCUUACUUGCAAAAUAAGAAUCCAGGAUUUAUUCCUCACGUUAGAUCCAGACUUCCAGUUAUGGUGCAAAACAAUAGCCAGGUGGCAGACAGGUGUUCCGAGUCUAUUUUUUCAUCUAACAGAAUUACUGAUAAUGAGGGAGAUGAGAUUGUUGGAUUUUGCACUGAAGGAACUCCAGCUAAUAUAAGUUCAGCUACUUCACAUUCAGAUUUAUCAAUGAUUGCUCCCUCAGAAGACGGCUCUGAAACCAAUGUUAUUCUUCGACAGUCAAUGAAAAUGGUUGGUAAAAGACGGUUAUAUCAAACACCUAGUAAUAAACCUAUGGGAAAUUUAAAUCUUCAGUUUAAUCAAACAUUUGCUGUAUCCACUUCGGAAAACUUAUCUUCCAGGUCAAUGUUAUUGGAUUCUCCUUCAACAGAAUCUCAUGUAUCAAAUUCUGUUAAUUCAUCUGAAAUUGAGGAUCCUGUGACAGUUAUUAAUAAUCGAAUGUCAACUGAUUCCAUUGAUAGCGAAUUUUCAUUGGAUGACUCUGGUAAAUGUGAUAAUAGAAUACCUAGAUCUCAUUCUUUACAAGAUGCACGCACAUUGAAUAGUGAACCAAUGUCUGAGGACGAGGAUGAUGAUGAUAAUAAUGCUUUGUUGGAUCAGUGUAUUAAUGCUGGCAUUGAAAAAAUAACAAAUUUAAAAUUAACUGAAGAAGAAUUACCAGAGAAUGAACAGCAAGAAUUGUUGAACCAGUGUAUAGAUUCCGGUAUUAAAAUGUCAGCUAAAUCCAAAUCACAAAUGCCAGUUAAAAAAAGAACUAAGAAACAAGAUGAUGAUCUUACUGAUGAACAGCAACAAGAGUUAUUAGAAUCAUGUAUUGCAGCUGGGAUAAGGAAUAGCAAGAAAUCUUUUAAAACAAAAAAUGAUGAUUCAUCUGAUAGCGAUCAAGUGGCUUUGUUAAACGAAUGUAUUGCGACUGGUAUGAGUAAUUUACAAAAAAGCAAACCCAAAGAAACAAAUGGUACAUUAGAAAUAAAUGAUGAAGAUUUAUUGAAAAAUUGUAUUAGCCAAGGUAUAAAAAACAUUGAAAGAGGAUCAACUCGAAAUAAAAGAGAGAUACCAGUAUUUAAUAAAUAUAAAAAAUAUUACACGCCAAAAUCAGAAAGUGAAAUUAGUGAAUCUACUAGUACGAUUACUCCUGGAGAUUAUGUUUGUGGAGUUAAAAAUAAACAUGAUGAAAGCGACGAAUCCACAUGGAAGGACGAUGAAACAUUGACAUUUUCUACACUGACAAGCUCUUACCAAAGUGCUAAUACUGGUGAAAGUUCUAGACCAAAAUUAAUAAAAUUGGAUAAAGGAGAAAUAGGUAUUAUAUCAUCAUUGGAUUUUGAGGACACACACCUGGAUGCAAUAAAACCUCCUUCGGAUAUGGAUAGUUUACUAUCUAUGACUACAAGUGUUCAAUCAAACUGUGGUUUUGAUAAAAAACGAAAAAUUUCUAAUGAAAGAAAUGAUUCAUUAGGAAGCUGUACUAAUCUUGAGAAUAUUAACCCUCCAUCAUACAUGGAUGAGUUCACUGAUUUUGAGAUGGAAAACAGUACUACUAGUAUAUCUAGUAUACAUUCUGAAAUAGUAGAUCAGUCAAAUGGCGCUCAGUAUUAUACAGCUGUUGAUGAUACAACUUUAGUUGAUGAUUUGCCAUCAUCUGAGAUGUCAUCUGACCCUAAUUAUUCUAGUCCAGCUCAAGUUAGGCGUCGACUAACUCCUAAACAAAAGCGUAAUAUGAAAAAAGAAAGGUAUAAUACUUAUACUAUAACUUCUGAUGAUAGCAGGGAAAACUCUAUGGAACCUGAAACAAGGCCUUCAACUGUAAACGAGUCUGACUCUCAUUCUUCUGAAGAUGCAGUAAAAAAAAUGUCACCAAAAGAAAAAUUCCAAAUAAAAAGAUCAUCAGAAAAAGAUAGAUUUCGUACACGAACAUUAGCUGAUUUAGAUUUAACUCGUAUUAUACAAUCUCAACCAGUAGACAAUGAAUUUACUUCAACAGAACAUUCAAGAAACGGUGUUGAUGAAAGUACCACGUCCGAAGGCACAGAUGGUUAUUCCAGUGACGAAAAUGAUGUAAUUACUCCUGUUGCUUCAGCUAGAGUUGUUAAACCCACUGAAGUAAAGGCUGUUAGAGGUAAGAAAAAAUCACGUGGAAGUGGAAUACCGAUAGUAGCGCGGAGUAGUCCUCAACCAGUUUCUACAGUUUCUAAAAGCUCACAAUCAACUCCUACAAAAAAGCCAGCUCCACUGAAAAGGCAAGGUACAUUUGUUAAAGAAGAAUCACGUAUACCAACUCCAGGAUCUUCUGGCAAGAAACACACAAGUGUGCCCAAUUUGGUUAAACCUCCUUCUAAUAAACAGUCAGCAAGUACACGUGCUAGUGGGGUUCGUAAUUCAAUAAGUAAUAAUAGUUUAAAAAGUAGCAGUGACCAGUGGACGGGUAGUAAUAGUAGUCUUCCAACAAUGGGUGGAGUGGCAAAAACAAACAGCAAUACUAGUUUAAAUUCGAACAUAUCAGCGACAAGUUCAGGAUGCUCAAUUAGAACAGCAUCUGGUCAAAAGAAAGAAGUCGGUAGUAAGAUAGCAACCUUGUGGAAAAAAGUGGAAGACACCAAAAAAAAAAAUGUCAUCAAGAAAGAUAAUCGUGUUUGGAUUAGUUCAAAUAUGAACAAUCGUAUUUAAAAAAAAAAAAUUAAAUAGUAUAUUUUAUUUACAUACAUAUUUUCCUUCCACUUAAUAAUUUUCCU